UUGUUUACAUCAGCAGUUUCUCCGCCCUCACCCAACUCGCCGUUCCGUCCGACCGUUGCCGUCCCCUCUUCGUGAUGUGUUGGUGGUGGUCGUCGUCUGAGGAAAAGCAGCAAUAAUUAUUACGCUCUCGACAUUAUUUUCCCAUAAUCGCGUAAUCAGCAAGCUGCUUUCCUUCUCGUCGGUUGUGUCGUCGCAGUCACGUACGCGGUUUUUCGAUCGUAAAUUUUUACGGGAUUUGCGGAGAGUGGUCACUUUGCGUGGUUUGCACGGAACAAAACUGCCUUAUUUUUAGUGCAAGGUUGCUAGGAAGGAAAAAGAAAUCACACAAAAUGCAACGCAGAAGAGUGCUGGGAAAGCGGAUGCUGGGCGAUUCCGGGGCCAGCGGCAGCAGUCCCAAGCGGAACCGCUCGGACCAGGAGGUGCCCGCGAUGGACGAAGAUUGUGGCGGACCGUCGACGCCCGCUGCUGGCGGUAGUUCCGCCUCGUUUCAUAGCGGUGGCACGUCACGAAGACCCGGAAGAGAAAUCCUCGCGCGAGUGCCACGGUCCGGAACGCUCGUCGAACGGAACCGCGUUCGGAUGGCCGGACCGUACGUGAUAGGCCACGAGCUGGGAACCAGUCCGGGCGUGCCCCAAACGCAGUACCUGGCCAGGUUGGAAAACACCAACGAUUUCUACCUGCUGAAGAUUCUAUCGUACGACCUCGAUACGGAGAUGGUCAACAAGGAAACCCAGCAGGGCAAGACGCUACUUCACACCGAGUACACCAUUCUCUCGUUGCUAGCGGAUUUGGACGGAAUCAUCCACCAUCAUGGGCUGUUUUGUGACUUCGCCCUCGAGGAGAAGCAAGUCGAACCCACGGACCAAGCCGUCGCCACCGGCCCCCAGUGGGUGUACACGGGGAAGGUCCGUCGCCGGUUGAUCCUGGUGCUCGAUUGCGUGCACUCGCACGAAUUUUGCGAGCGCUCGUCGGCCUACGUGAACCUGCAAAAGUACGUCCAAUCGCACCGCUUUCCGGAGAUUGAAGCGCUGAUGGUGUUUUACGAGAUCGUCAAGGUGGUGGAGCAACUGCAUCUGAGGAACGUGAUCCAUCGGGAUUUGAAGCUGAACAACAUUGUGCUGAACCGUCGGACGAACAAGAUCGUGCUGACGAAUUUCUUCCUGGCGAAGCACUUGAACAGCGAGGAUGACAAUCUUUGUGAUCAACGUGGAAGUCCGGCUUAUAUUUCGCCGGAUGUUCUCGGGGGGAAGCCGUACAAGGGAAAGCCUUCGGACGUGUGGGCGCUGGGAGUUAUUCUGUUUACGAUUGUUUAUGGGAAGUUCCCGUUUCUGGAUACCACUCCGGCAGCUUUGUUCAAGAAGAUCCGCCAGGCGGAUUAUUCAAUUCCAUUAGAAAGUAAGGCUAGUCCACUGACGAUCAACCUGAUCAAGUCCAUGCUGACGUUGAACCCAACGGAACGUUACACUGCCUCCGAAGUACGGAAAGAGCUGGAGCGGACAAUAUCGCAUCUGCGCGGACCUCGCAUCGAGGUCGACCAGAUCGUCCCGGAGGUGGAAGAGUUUGAUGUACCCUCCCAGGAACGUCAAAAGUCCGCUGCGGCGAAAGGUCGUGAGACUACGAAUAGCACGCCGACCUACCCGAGUCACGAGCUGUCCCGCGAGGCGUUCUCCAAACUGCUAGAGUCCGGGAUUCAUCGCCGCGAGCACGAGAGCUUCCUGCGGCCACGUUCGCUGGUCAAUCGAUCCGGGUCGAGCCGCAACAGUGCCCAGUUGAUCCGUGGCUUUUCAACCGGAUCGAAUCGGGUCGCGGUGUUCGCCAACGGAUCGCGGAAUUCGCUCGGAAGCUCCGUCCCGAUUCUUCGGAAUCGCUCGCUUGGAAGCGUUACCGAUCGAACAAGCUCGCGGCCGGAAAUCGUGCAAGUUCGUAUUGCUCCGUUGCAGGAGCCCAACCCGAUCCCAACUACUCAACCGCAAGCAGUGGCGCAACCAGCAACCAAUCAACCUUCUCCCCAACCACAAUCUCAAUCGCUGUUCGUCCACGUGGACACCGCCUCAUUCGCGCACUUUGUCAACGCACAAGGAUCGGCAAGGUUCGCCGGAUCUUCCACCAACCCACCGCCAACGGCAGCCGCACUCGUAACGCAGCCAACCUUCCAGAACCCGGACAUCCAAAGUUUGUUCUCCGCGAUGAACGACCUGUUUGCGCGGGGUCGCAUGCCGGCACCGCCGCCAACUCGCGAAGAGUCGCCCGACUUUCACGGAACCAUCACGAUCGAGAUGGCGACGAAAAUCGUGGCCUGGCUGCUGAACAACUUCCGCAACUUUGCCGUGGUGCGGGAGAUCUUCGGAAGCACUUCGGGGAACAAGGUGAACAACGUGCUCGAGUUGUUGCGACGGUUCGGGGUGAAUAUGGAUUCGGUUGGCGGGGGUGCGGUCAUCCGGACUGAGCAGACGAUCGAUGUGCUGAUGUUGAUGACGUACUUGCUGCAGGUCGCCGGGAUGAACAAUAAUUACUUUUUGAAUUCGUACUGAAAUAUGAGUGAGUGAGUGAGUGAGAGUGGGUGAGUUGUGUAAGAGGGAAAGUGUGAUAUGAAUAUGCUGCUAUCGUUUUAUUGGUUAAGCUAUUGCCGUUGUACUGUGUUGUAAGUUGAAGAAUUAGCUAAAUACAAUCCUUUGAAAAAU